AUGGCCCAUCAGACACACGAGUGUAGGCGAUUUGCCACAGACGACUCGGCUUCGAGUCUCGGCAAAGGCCUCGUUGAGAUCUCAGCCGUUGCAACACUUAUUGGCGCUCCUAUUGCUGAAACGCUCACUCUCGGAAUCCGGUCAGCUGGCUGUCUGCCAUGGGCAUCGAUGAGCUCUUUUGGUCUGCUUCACGUCGCCAAGGCGGCCCUGGCUGGUGCAAUUCCCCACUGGCUGCGAGAAGCGAUGGGUCUCCAGAACGGGAAUGUUCUUGCUGCUGUCGGGUCCUCGGUCCUUCUGGACGCGAGAGAGUCUUCGAAGAAACGGCAGGCGGAAUCUAAUGUCGUCAAGAUGAUUACCAUAACCGGCUUCACCAACCAGCGCGCUGGUGACUCUGAUGAUAUGGAGUCAAAACAGUCUCGUGGUGAAAGUGUCUCAGCUGUGCGGACAUUGAUGCGUCGAUUAUCGGCGACGGACAAGGCCCCCGCACCGAUUGCUAGAUGCAUUCACCACGUCGACAAGUCCACUGGCACGGGAUUGGACUCAAUCAGGGCAGCGGCACAGGGUGAAGAGAUUCCUAUCCACCAAUUUGUUCCUGAUUUUGCGGGCCAGCGCGGCCGGAUCGCAGAUGCCAUCGUCCUCGGAUUAUCUCUCGUCAAAAUUGCAGAGACUGUUGUGCUCAAGACCCUAGGGAGCGAAAGUCUCCAUUGGUUCUCUACCGUCAUUCCCGUGACAAAAUUUCCUCCGUCACUGUCGACUCCAUUUGUGGACACCUGCCCUCGGCUCUCAACCCUGGAGGAGACGGCAAGAUCUUGA